AUGUCUUCCAUCAAGUCCAGCCAAGCAACUGCCACCCAUGACCUUCGCGUCCGCAAAAUCCUGUACACAGCUCGCCGCUGCGCCGCCAAGCUUGUCAAGAAGUUCCGGCCGUCGCCAUCCGCCAAGAGCGGCAACAAGAAGGUCGAGGCCAAGAUGUCUGCCCGCUGGCAUGACCACACCCCCGAGGAGUUUUACGGCCCAUUCUGUUGA